GUAACAUAGCACGCCUGAGCUUGUUUCAAAAUGACGUCAGCAACGGGAGAAGUUUUCAUCGUAUCGGCUGCCAGAACCCCGAUCGGUAAUUUCAUGGGAACGCUCGCUUCGCUAAGCGCCGCGGAUCUUGGUGCGGUCGCCGUGAGAGGAGUCCUACAACGUGCUGGCGUAGAUCCAGUCGACGUCAAUGAAGUCAUUCUUGGACAAGCCCUGACCGCCGGCCAGGGACAAAAUCCGGCCCGUCAAGCUUCCAUGAAGGCCGGUGUACCGAAGGAAGUUCCCGCGUACAACAUCAACAUGCUGUGCGGAUCGGGCCUAAAAACGGUUGCACUCGGUUAUCAAGCAAUCCGUACCGGUGAUGCUAGCGUAAUCGUAGCCGGUGGACAAGAAUCGAUGUCAAAGGCACCGCACGUGAUGCAUCUGCGCGGUGGUACAAAAAUGGGCGACGCCAAAAUGGUCGAUACGAUGCUGAACGAUGGUUUGACGGAUGCAUUCCACGAUCUUCAUAUGGGUCUUACGGCGGAAAAUUUGGCCACAGAGUAUGAGAUAAGCCGCGAGGCGCAGGAUACGUUCGCUGCCAAGAGUCAACAGUUGGCGGAAGAAUCACAGAAGAAAGGAUACUUCACGGAGGAGAUCGUUCCGGUGGAGGUUCCUGGGCGCAAGGAAACAAUCCAAUUUGCGGUGGAUGAAUAUCCGAAGCAUGGCACUACGGUGGAGGGACUGGCCAAGUUGAGACCGUGCUUCAUUAAGGAUGGUACGGUAACGCCGGGAAAUGCGUCCGGUAUUAACGAUUCUGCUGCGGCCGUACUGCUGAUGUCCGAGGAAGAGGUUAAGAAGCGUGACGCGAAACCAUUGGCAAAGAUUGUCGCUUACGCGCAGACCGGAAUCUGUCCAAAGACGAUGGGAGCUGGACCGAUCUCAGCCGUGGAAGCUGUGCUGCAAAAAGCCGGAUGGAAAAUGGAAGACGUCGAUCUGUUUGAACUGAAUGAAGCAUUCGCUGCUCAGGCGCUGGCCGUCAACAAAGGGCUCGGUGUGGAUCCGGCGAAGGUUAACGUGGGCGGUGGAGCCAUCGCUCUCGGUCAUCCGAUUGGCGCAUCCGGUUGCCGUGUGCUUGUGACACUGCUCUACGCACUCAAGCGAACGGGUGGCAAAAAGGGCAUUGCAUCGCUGUGUGUCGGUGGAGGUAUGGGUGUUGCGAUGGCCGUGGAAAUGGUAUAGAAUGUUUCCCGGGGUGUUUUUUUUUUCGGGAACAUUAUCUGCAACCUUGUG